AGGCGUUGUCGGCGCCGACUGGCCGCUCGCUGUUACCGUCGCAGCUGAUCGGCACCGCUGCGUUGUCAUGUGGGAGGAACCCGUGAAACGCUGCCGCUCCUUGGCCCUGAACAGCCCCUUCCUGGUGGAGCGUGUUCAAAACUACUUCGGCGUUUACCGGCUGCAGGCACCGAAAAACGGCGGCGUCGUGCACAACGGCGUGCGCAACGGCUACACGAAUGGUCCCGCUUCGGUGCCCUGCCGCGUCGAGCAGCCCGUGUGGUAUUACGUGUUCCGCUUCGGAUCGCUGUUGGGUUACGAGGCAUUCUACGCGACAUUCUUCCCGUUCAUCCUGUGGAAUUGGGACGCCGUGGUGUGCCGGCGCGUGCUGCUCGUGUGGGCGCUGGUGAUGUACUGCGGCGGGCUGGCCAAGGACCUGUUGCGCUGGCCCCGGCCCGCCUCCCCGCCGGUCGUCCAGCUGGACUGGGCAUACGCGGCCGAGUUCGGCAUGCCCUCCACGCACGCCAUGACCGGCGCCACGGUGCCCUUCGGACUGCUGCUCUGGACGCAGCAGCGAUACCAGUACUGCUUCCUGGUGGCGCUGUGUGUGUGCAUUGUGUGGUGCACGUUGCUGUGCGUCAGCCGGCUCUACCUGGGCAUGCACACGGUGCUGGACCUGCUGGUUGGCCUGGUGUUUGCCUGGGCACUCCUGUUCCCUCUGGCAGCCGUCACAGUGACUGUGGAGGCGUGGCUACUGGCACGGCCAUGGGGUGGCCCCCUGUGUGCUGCUCUGUUGCUGCUCGCAUAUCCGGCACCUCCGCGGUGGACACCCGCACGGGGCGACACGUGCCUCGUGGUGACCACAGUCGCGGGCAUAUGGGCCGGCGAGGCACUGCUUUCCACGCUGCUUGGUGCUGCUACACCUACACCCGUCAACCGUGGUGCUGGGGCCCUGUACGCAGUCGAGUGUCCCUCUCUAGUGGGACUCGCAUUUAUUGUGGCACGGACGGCGGUGGGUCUCUUGGCAAGUGUUCUCGUCCGAACUGCUGUGAAAGCUGUGAUAUACCCCCUGCUGUGCAGUCUCCAUGGCUGCGACCCUAAACUGGAGACCAGCCGGCAGAAGGGCUCCAUUGAGCUUCCCUGCAAGUACAUCACCUAUCUCUCCAUGGGGAUCACCAUGUCCCUGGGCUCUCCCUGGCUUUUUCGCCAGUUGGGCAUUGAGAGGGACAGCCUGCCUGUUCACCUGUGAAUGUAUGUGCAAUGGACGUUGUGUGCAGCGGUGUGCCUUUUUAUGCCGGGCGUUUCUGCAGAUGUGUAAGAUUGUAUGCUGUGUGCAUCGUACGGCACGAUGUAGCGGUGUUGUGCAUAGUGCAAUACUAUAGGUUCAGUCAAUGACCAAUUUUACUUGGCAGCAAUGUAUUUAUGCAGGAUACUUAAAGGGCCCCCUAAACCACCAGAGGUCGAAAUUUAGUUGUGGCGUUGCAGUUGUGCACGAGACUACUGUGAACGCUGCCGGAGUUGCACGCCCUUUCUCGUUUCGCUCUUUCCUUCGCUAGGGUGCGUUCGUCGGCUCGUCUCUCCACCUCUCCGAGUGCCCUUCCUCGGCGUCCGAGAUGGAAACGCAAGAAGCGCGCGCAUUUACUAGCAGAAAACAGGCUCUUGUUUGCCCACUGACAGCGUCUCUUGCUCGCGACGUCACCUAAUCAUACAGGUGACGUCACGACGGCUGUUGUCGACAGAGCAAAGGCACGGAGAGGAGCAGGCGAGCGUCUGUUGGUGGUUUAGUGGCCCUUUAAGCGUUUGUAUGUACAGUCAAAUUUUUAAAACAUUCUGACGUAAAAUUGGUUCUGCACUGUAAGUACAGAACCACUUUUGCACCAUCCUGCAGUGGCGUUUCGAAUAAAUUGAUUUAUUAAGCCACCCUCAAACGUCACAUGUGCAUGGUCUUGCCUUGUCAACCUACUUUUCGGAAGUGUGAAAUGCAUUUGAUUGCUUUGAUAGUAUUGCACCUAAGGUGCAUCUUCAGCAUCAAGGACCAGUACUAGAGUGCUGUACAGUUUCUCAUUUGGUCAUUGCCGCAGUGGUCUCUUGUCAAUUAUGAAAAUUACUGUAUGGGUGCACUGUCGGGAAACUGCACAGUUAGUGUUGAGGAAGGUGUGGUGCAGUCUCCAUCGUUAUUGUGACAUCCUGGGGUUCUUUAACAUGUGCCCAAAACUUGGCACAGAAGUGUUUUCGCUUUGUAUCGCUUUCUGAAUCCGGCCGCGACUGGCAGGAUAUGAACCCACAGCCGUUGUGGCCGGUCCAAAGUAAAUGUGGCUCAGUAUGGACAAAUCUGUAGAUGGUUACAGCAUAUAAAAAAAAUAUAAGCUCCAUCCACCGCCAUCGCUCUGCUACCCGCAAAGAAUUUCCGUAGAUGCUCCAUUCAAAAUUGCAUUUGUGCAUUUCCGUGACAGCAAGCAGUUCUGCGUGUUUAAGAUACUACAGGUUUUCCCACUCAAUUUAAUCCAAGCACUAGCCAAGUUGGCUGGCGCUUAAUUGGAUUAAAUUGAGCGGGGAAACCUGCCGUUGAUUUUACCACACAGACAUACGUUGGUGUCACUGAUUUUAAGUCGGAAACCUGGCCAAUUUUAUCAGAGAUUCUGUUAUCACUGCCCAGCCAAAUAUAACAUUUCACAUUGGAGCAACAAACAUUUAUUUCCCAGUAUGUGUAGUGCGCACUUACAUUAGCAGAGGAAAAGUGCCUUGCACAUCUCUAAUGGGAUCCAGUAAGCACGACUCUUUAACACGGUUGAAGGGAACAUGUAUGGAAAUUUUACGGCAGGAGCUUACAUUUUUUCUUAGAUUGUAAAUGACCAUAGUUUACAAGGCCAUACCUCUUUACUUUCACUGGGAUGCAUUUAAGUGAUCUCCAAAGCUGCUCUGCUUUAACCCAACUUCCCAGUCUGCCCUUGUAGUGCCGCACCCAAGGACACUUUGAAGGGGCCCUGCAACACUUCUCUGAGACUCAUUAUUAGCACCUUAUACUUGAGGAAUCACAUGCUGCAAAAAGUUUUAGAAUCCAUCAAGUACGAGCAGAGUUACAAGGAUUUGUCGCACGCUUCCAGAUCUUUCUCUCUCCUUUCGUACCAGCGAGUGCACUGAAAGCUAUACAUCGAGGGGGCAAAAGGAUGCAUCCCUUCACCAGUGCACUUACUCUUUUUUUUUCUUUGAGCACGGCUUACUUUCAGUGUGAUCGCGAGCACAUGCGCGGGCAUGUGGCGGCAUCCUGCAACGGCCUCAGUAGCUACACAGCUCCCAAUGCUCAAACGAGCCAAUGGCCGUGGACUUGGGUAUAUGGCGCAGUAAUGUGUGUAUAUGGCAUCAUUUGUAGAGAGGAGAGGAAGCGAUUUCUAGCUGACUUUGAGAAUUAAUUGCAAAUUCCAGGCCAAGUGCUGCGCAAUAAUGUUUGGCUCGCGUGUUCUUGGGAGCCUCGACUACCGAUCGGCAACGUUUUCUGACCAUGUUCAAAAAAUGUUGCAGGGUCCCUUUAAGAGCUUUGCAUUGAUGUUAUUGUCUAGAGGGUAUUACUAUAGCAUUUAGCUUCCCGGCAUUCUUUUGUGCUCGUUUAUUUAACAGUGCAGUACGAUCAAGCCCUAGAAUUUUUCCUUUGGUGUGGGAUAUUAAAGUCCUUCAGCCUAUUUUGUUCCUGUUUCUUUGGUUUUAGAUGCAAAUAGCUUAUGCAGGACAUGUUGUGGCCACAGAGCGUGCUGUGUGCGAGUGAAUGAUGUUUCUGAGUUGACAGGCACAAAUUUCUUGUGACUGCAAUGUUUAUCUCUAUGUAUAUAGUGCAUACUUAAGUGCCUCAGUUGCUGCUGCUGCUGUCGCUGCUGCAAAAUUGACUUGCUGCUGAUGUCUCUUGUUGAAAUUGUUGUUACUGGCAGAUCUUUAUCUCAGCUCCAUAAUGUUAUGGUUGCUGAACCUGUUGUUACCAUGUGUAUUUCCAUGUUUUACGCCACAGUGCCGUCAAUUCCCACUGCCAUGAACACUUUGGUGGACAUCAGUGUUGCUAACUUAGCUGGAGAGUCACUAAAUUUAGUGAGUUUUUAGUCACUUUAUUGACACUUUUGCCUUUUGAAGUCCUGGAGACAAUUUUGUGACCUUAUUAGUGACAAAACUAGCCAGUAUUGUUCCAGAGAAAUUCUUAGAAGGACCUCGAAUGAGUUUAAUUUCUUAACCCAUUUUAUGCCUAGGCAGGUACUUGGUGUCUUCAUUUUUCAGUGCUUGAAAAGGUGUAAGGAAAGCUUAUUAGUGAGACAUUCAGGUGUAUCAGCGCUGCUGUUCUGGGUAAAGUACAAUCUUGAUACCUGCUGCCAAUUCAGGAAACUUUUUUUUACAAAGACCGUAUCAUAAUGAAUUGCACCCUUAUUUUUUAGUGAACAGAAAGAUUUUCGAAUACAGUAGACUCUCGUUAAACAGAACCUGAAGGGACCAGGAAAAUGUAUUCCGUUUAACAGGAGUUCCGUUUACUGAGAGAUGAACAGGGGUGCAGAAUCCAAGUAUGAGACCAAUCGUGUUAGAUGCAGUUGUUCCGUUUAAGCAGCAGUUCUGUUUAAGAGAUUUCCGUUUACUGAGAGUCUACUGUAUUUCAUUGUAAUCUCCCUGGAGAGAGCCGUGCAGUUCACCCACCAGUGAAAGAGCCUUGCUAAGCCCUACAGUUCUGCACAUGCAUGCCCAGGCAGUGUCACGCAGCCCCUGUGCAUUAGUGAAGCGCUGAACACAGAGGGCUCAUGGCGCAGAACAGACAGUAGUAGAAAGGGACCAUAUUGGGGUAACAGGGAAAGUCCUCCUCAACGAUGUCUUCUAUCCACAUGAUUUUGGCUGGCACUGUCACAGUCAGCAGCUGUCCAAGACAGAUAACCCUAUACACGUAGCUCACUUUCUAAUUAACAUAGCUGACUGAGCUAGUUGGUUAUUCAUACUGAAGAUAAACAGCACAAAAAGCACGGCUAUGAAAAGCAAACACACAGGACAAGCACUGACUUCCAAGUGAAUUUUAUUGACAUGAAUGCGUCAUAUAAGUAUCUGCGGGAACAGCUACAAAAAAGGACAGGAAGAAGAGUGCUGACACGAAAGCAGCAAAAACAGCAUUAACACCAAUGCUGAACGUUGGGCUAGUUGGUGCAGCAUAAUUCAAUGUUUCACAGUGGAAGGAACUAGGACGACAUUGAAAGACCACUUUUCCUGGUAUCAGCGCUGUCUAUGUCUUUUAAUGUCAUCCUCACUCUUUGCGCUGUGAAAUGUUGAAUCAGCAAUGACAAUCACAGUGGCUUGCAGUGCAAAGCCCCGCAUUCCAAGAAACAGAGCUCCCUGUCAGAUAUGGCAGCCGACGGUUUGCUUGUGCACCUGCACCAUCUGAGCUGCCUCACUGAUUAUGCGCACUUGCUCAUCCUUCAUCACAUACACAGCUGUGAUCCACUGGAACUGCAGAGUGCAUCCACACGUGCUCACAUGCAGUGCCAGGAAGCCUUCUUUACCAUUACGUACUUUAUUGGCAUGCUCACAUAGGUGCUCGCUUAGGCAUCUGCCCGUCUGGCCCACGCCACAUGCCCCGCAAGACAAGGGGAUCCUCUACACAACGCCUUGCACAUAGUCGACAAGCUGUGUGCCGUGUUUGACGGCUCAUUGCUUCCCACGCCUCUUUAUGAGACGGGUCCUAUUUGCCAGCUGGUUCAGCUUGUCAGGAUCACUGAAAAGAACUUUCACAUUAACACAUCCAAUUUUCAUAAGGCAAUGGGACAUAGAGUGCAUAUACGGUAUGACCGCCACUCUGUCUUGCUUUUCAGCAAUCAUUUGUUCUGUGUCUCCAUCAGUGCAUGUGUGGAAAUGCGAGGCCUCAGUGCCUCUAUGUUUCCACAUAUGCUGGCGUUACGGGCCUCUCUUGCAGAGGCCGAUUCUUCUGUUCACAUCAGCUCAUAGUAAAUUAGUAAAGAGAGCUAUAGUACAGUCGUGUUUCUCAAACGCUUUGGAGAGGUCCUGCGAACACGUCUCGAAAGCUAGUCUUCUGGCACAGUCAAAACACCUGGAAGAAGCAGGGCACCCAUGCCCAUCGCUCGUUUCUGUAGCUCGUGCAAUGUGCAGGAAAAGGAAAACGUAUUCAUGUCAAUAAAAUUCAGAUGGAAGUCAGUGCUCCUCCUGUGUGCUUGCUUUUCAUAGCCAUACUUUUUUGUGCUCUUUAUCUUCAGUCCCACUUUCCAGCCAUCCACCCAUUUGUAGACUUAACUUUGGGACACUGCCUGCUCGUCACACACUGCCACAAAUCAUCAGCGAAUCUCAGCCUUCUCCACACAAACCACUGACAAUGUCCAGCGCUGCCCUUGCCACUCACUAUGCAGGCUGUCCAUUCGAUUAUGUGUGGAACACGUGCACUAGUCUCCACAAAAUGGAUGCAGCCAGGGAUGUCGCUGUGGUGUGAAACAAGCUUUCCACAAUUUGUGACUGAGGCACCAACACAUAAUACAGUCCCGUCCGUGAAGAGAUUCACAAGUGCAAUUCAUUAUGGUACGCCCCUCGUACAUUCCAAUUGUUCACUUGCCACUGUAGAAGGUAACUUGAGGCUGUAGAAAAAAAAAGUACUAAUGACGUCUGGGAACAGUUAAAGUAGAAAAAAAAACACAAUGCCCAAAAAAGUAAUUGUCAUUGUUUAGGUGAUGCGCCUAGGUGGGCGCAUCAGUUAGCCAGUGAACUAUAGUACUGACAAAUAAAUGCCAUCAUAGGUGGAAAGUGAUAUGGGCUUUAGGUUGAGGGACACAUGUGUCCAAAGCCAUUUUACAGCCCUUAAUGUAAAGCUCUCUCAUGUGUUCAUGACUCUGCAUGUGUGCCUCAUAAUUUACACAAACGUUUGGAAAUGCAUUGUUGGCGUGCUUGUUGUCACUCGUGAUCUGCUGUGAUUGCUAUUUGAAGUGAUGUCUAUAUGUAACAACUUUCAAGCCCAAAGAGGUAGGCGAACAAAAGGAGAGCCACAUGAAGUGCUGUGAAUAAAUAAUGCAUUAAAGCACCUAUUUUUUCCAAGGCCUCAUGAAGUAAAAGGCCUCCCAACAACAUAUAAAAAGUUUUUAAAAAGAUUAAACACGCUGCCGGAGCUAAUCGCGGAGGCUGCGAGCGCCUGGCUCGCGAGGCGGUAAAGGGACCUCACGUGACGACGAUUGUUGGGAAAACUUAUUCCACCUGCUUUUUAUAUUAAACAACGGUGGGAAAUGUCCAUAUAAAGGUGGUUAACUACAGUUUCAUUCAUUCGCAGCUGUAAAAACAAAAGCUUGAGCGUAAUGCAUGGGCGGCUAUUGGCAUCGCUUCACCGCGUUGCUGGAGGACGCCUUCGUAAACUACUUUAGAGGGUUUUCAGAUCGAAAACUAUUGCUUAUAAAAUAACCACGCGCUUUUGGGAUCGGCUGCUGCACAACGAAGGGUGAGCUUUCUGUCGCACCGUGAAAAACUGGGUGGAGAGAAAUCAGUUCUCAGUCCCUUUAAAGAACCCCCGACACCAAAAUUGAAACCUCGAGGUGUUUGUGUUGUUUUAUUGUCCUGUAUAGGUGGGCACUUCUGACCGGUUAUUAGUGGCGAACGUUGCCUUUAAGAUACUUUAAUUCAGUUUUAAAGUAAGCGUGAGUGCUCAUCUGAGUUGGCAGCACGUCGCCUCAUCACCACUGGUAUCACGUAGGUCCUGGUGUGACGUUCCACGUUAAAGCGAGUAUUGUCGACGUCACGAAAAAUUCACGACUGGCACCCGGCGAGGGCUAGGGCUCCUCACCUUUCUCGCUCUGUUGGGCUGCGCUCGAGGCAGAUCUAGCGGGCUGCAGGAAUGUCUUUUCUUUUUCCUGAGUGGACACACGCUUAGCACGCCCAACUCAUACCGAACAGCCACGUCGUUGCAAUGUUUACCACGCGCGGGGCCUCGAUUUGAAAAGUGCGCCAGCACAGUGCGCUUUGAACGUCACCAAAGUGCACGUGAUCUUAGGCGCUCCCCCGCGGUGGGGCGCCAGUUUCUUGUAAUUUUUAGAGUGACUCUAGUAAUUUUAUGCGAGCGUUUUGAAGUGACGCUAAGUUUGGUCACAGUUAACGACGCUAGCAUUAACUAUACGAUACGUUAGAGCAUUUGUGAUUCAAUUUCGGGAUUACCAGCUACAAAUUACAGUAAAAAAUCACUAACAAAAAAUUUCGCUGUCAGAGCCGGGUCCCUUAAGCCGCGAUCGUCAGCCGUCCUCCCAUGCUUUCGCUCGAAAACAUCGUGCG